CAUUUGGGAGUACAAUUCAAUUAAUAAUAAGACCCAUUAAAAACAAAAACAAAAUUAUCCUCCCAAACCUAUAUUCUCUGCAUCCGCAGUCUAAUCCUCCUCACCUACUCCGGCAGCGGCGGCUCUUCCUCCCCUAACUCCGGCAGCGGCGCCUCUUCUUCUUCCUCCUCCAUUGCUCCGGAGAUCUCCUUUACCGAUUUUGUAGUUUAAAACCUGGUUGUCGAAGUGUGGUUGGCUGCAAACAAAAAUGUCAUAUGAAGUUCAAUAUGUGAAGAAUGAUUUUGGGGGUCAGAGCAAUGGAAGAUUGCUACAAGACAUUGAAGAGAUCAGUAAAUCUCUUUAUGCACAUAAUAAUAAAGCUCCAACUAAGGCCUUACUUUCUCCAUCAUAUCACACGAUCAAACCUCCGGGCAACAACGCACACCUCUCCAAUCCAAAGCCCAAAUUUUUAGUAGGUCUGUUGAGGAAGUGGAAGCCCUUAAAAACAUUGGCUCACAUGCGCAAUCGACGCUUCAGUUGUUGCUUCUUCGUCCACAUUCAUGCUAUUGAGGGCUUACCCAUGAGUUUCAACAACCUUAAUUUGUGCGUCAAUUGGAUUAGAAAGGAAUCGGUAUUGAAAACCCGGCCUGCUCAGGUCUGCUGCGGAACUGCUGAGUUCAGAGAGACUUUGAUGCAUCAUUGUUCUGUGUAUGGAAGUAGAAGCGGACCCCACGGUUGUACAAAGUACAAGCCAAAACUGUUUUUGCUCAAGGCUUCUGUGCCCGGUUCUCCUGGCUUGGAUAUCGGGGAACACUGGAUUGACCUUACGAGAUUACUUCCUCUUACUUUGGAGGAAUUAUUAGCAGAAGGGAAAAGAAAUUCAGGGAAGUGGUCCACAUGCUUUAAGCUGUCAGGAAAGGCUGAAGGUGCUUUGCUAAAUGUUAGUUUUUGUUUCUCUGUCUUUAACAGUAACUCCUCAGAGUAUUUAGCAGACAAUAAAGUUGUUGAAGGUGUUCCUAAGAUACCACUAGAUGAAAAAAGAUUUGGUGACCAAGGUUCGGCAUUUGACCCUUCAAUAACCUUUACGUUUCGGAAGCCCAUUGAAGGAAAACAAGAAAACUUGGUGGACUCUACUUGUAAAUAUACUACAAAAGAACAUGGAGACUUAACCUUUACUUUGAGUGAUUUGGGUAUUGAAGUGUAUAAUCAAAACCAGGUGAAAUCCGAGCAAGAAUCUAUAGGUUCUGAUAACUCUUUAGUCGAAACAAUUAAUGUGGCUGACAUUUUUCAAGAUUAUGAUACUGAUGAACUUGAAGAAGAAGAAGAAGAGCCAACUGUUGAAGAGCUUGAGUCCAUUGACCAAUGUGAUUACUCUAGUUUGGGAUCCUUGGAUGAUGUAACUGAAGCAGUUGCAAAUGAUUUUCUUAACAUGCUUGAGAAUAAAGAUGGCCCAAAGGAUAGUUCUGCUGAUUUUGAUCUGAUGGUGGUCAAUCAACAAGUCAAGAAGGAGAAGCAAAGAUUAACAGCGUCGAUUAGAGAUAAAAGGAAUCUUAAAAUGCUUGAGAAUUUGGAAACAGAAUCCCUAAUGAGUAAAUGGAAGUUAGAUGAGAGGUCAUUUCAACUUUCACCAUGCUCCACUUCGGGUGGAUUUGGAAGCCCUAUCUAUCUUCCUCCAGAGGAGCAGUUGGAACUGCCAUCUCUAGGGGAAGGGUUGGGACACACAAUACGGACCAAGAGCGAGGGAUUCUUGCGUUCAAUGAGCCCGUUGCUUUUCAAGGGCGUGAAGAAUGGUGCAAGAUUGAUCGUUCAAGUUUCCCGCGGGGCUGUGCUUCCUGUUGUGAUGGGUUGUACUGUAAUGGAGAUAUUAGAGCGAUGGGCAUUGGAGGGACUUGAGAAGUUCUCUGUUCAGGCAAAUACAUUGAUGCCUUUGGAUGAUAUCACUGGUAAGACAAUGGAACAAAUUGCCAGGGAAAGUGGAUGUGGGCCCAAGACGGACGAGAGAUUGAACAUGCCAAAAGAAUUUCAAAAAUGCUGCGAAGUGGAUGGUCUGGACUAUGUUUCUCAUGAAGAUCUUCUUCCAAUAGCAUUGGCUAAGGUGGAGCCUCUCGCAAUCGAAGGCUUAAGAAUACAAUGUAACAUGUCUGAUGCCGAACCACCUUCUAGCAUCCGGCUGUCCCCGGCCCACAAAGAAAACCGUUGUUAUUCCUAUGAUGAAUUAGUAAAUCUAACUUUGUCAUUGGACGAAUGGGUGAAGCUAGACGCAGACUGUUUCGACGAUGAAUAUGAGAUCUCUGAAAAAUGUUCUAAAAUUUCAGGUAUCAACUCUUCCUUUGGUCAAAACUAUGGUCUUCUAGACAGGAACUUCACAUUAGCUAUGAGAGUUCAGCUGAGGGACCCUUCCAGAAACGCAGAAAUGGUUGGCGCCCCAAUGAUUGCCCUGGUCCAAGUAGAGCGGUCUUUUUAUCCGGUGGACCAAAAUGCCCUUGCUCUCGGUUCGAAUGCUCGGCCCUUUUCUCGUUUUAAAAUCUCCACAGUCCACCUGUCGGGGACGAAUGUUGAAAACAUGGACAUGGGUAUUUGUGGGACAAGGAGGCAGAGAGAAUGCGGGUCCCGGUGGUUGCGGGGUAGUGGGGUAAGUAGGACGAAGAGACGUCCCCUUUUGGAGAUGGAGGGGCAAAACAGUCAUGAUGAUAUCUUGUGGAGCAUAUCUUCUCAAGCUCAUGGUGGCAUAGGAUUGGCAUCUUUGAAUAUUCAUGUUAGGAACCCUAAUAUUCUCUUUCCCAAGUGAAGUUGUCCAUGCCAAAAAACUUUUGGGACGGAGGAAAUAUAACUCAGGAUCAAAUCUCGACAUUGCCAGCGUGAGAGUUUUAUUGAAUGUGAUAAUUCUUUGUGCGCGCCAGGUACAAACGGAUUAUCUAAAGACCAAAUUAAGAUUAUAGUGUGAUUUAUUUUGUUAGUAUAACUCAUUGUGUAUAGGCCAUAGUGAAUGAUUGUUUUGUAGAAAGGGUUAUGGUUGGUCCCACUUGCAAUAGUUCUUAUUUUGAUGAUUGUAAUGUAAAAAAUGAUUGGUCUCUGUAUGUGGUCUUAUUUUAUUGGAGAGGAAACACAAAGGAAAGAAAGAAACACUUAGGCGCGCCAGGUCUGACACAAUGACAAGUGGUGUAGAAUAACAUGCCUCAUGGGGG